UGGUAGAUCGAACGGUGGUGCGCCUCGUCAGCCGCUUUGGUGAUUAUGUGAAGGAUCAUCCUUCGACAUUGAAGCUACCACCGCAAUUUGUUUUUUUUCCAGCCUUUAUGUAUCACCUGCGAAGAUCGGCGUACCUGCAAGUAUUUAACUGCAGCCCUGAUGAAACGGCCACUCUACGUCUGAUGCUUCUUAAGUCAUCCGUCCAGGAUUCUAUUAUUCAAAUUCAGCCCACACUGUACAGCUACCGCAUGGAUGCUCCGCCGCAGCCUGUACUUCUUGACAGUGCUGCUAUUCAGCCCGAUAACAUUCUUCUUCUUGAUACUUUUUUUGAGGUUCUUGUUCAUCUUGGCUCAACUAUUGCGGCGUGGCGAAGGGCGGGGUACGCUGAGCUAGAAGAGUAUGCCUAUUUCAAGGAGUUUUUGCAGGUCCCUGUAGCGGAUGCAGAGAUACUUGUGGCGGGCAGGUACCCCACCCCUCGGUUCAUCUACGUUUGUCAAGAUGAUCCGGACGCACGCAUUCUUUACAAUAGAAUAAAUCCAAGCCGAUCGUAUGGAGGAGAAAAUGACCAAAAAUAUGGAACAAACGAAGGGGAGCUGGUGUACACAGACGAUGCAUCACUUGGAGUGUUCAUGGAACACUUGAAGAAGCUUGCGGUCUCUCAGUGA